AUGGCGAGCUCGUCGAGCAGAAGGACACACACGAAGAUCACAGGCGCCCCGGACUACGACUCGCCAGGCUAUUGGGACCAAAAGUUUGCCACGGGCCAGGAUGUCGGCGAAUGGUUGAAUCCAGGCGACGUCCUGAUCGAAGCCGCCGCGUCGGACCUCGACCGUCGAAACGUGAGCAGGCCUCGCGCCCUGCAUCUGGGACCGGGCAUCUCGAAGCUAGGGACAAAGCUGGGCGAGUGUUUCGCCGAACGCGGCUGGCUGGGAAGUAACAUCGUCAAUGUAGAUUUCUCCGCCGAGGCCGUCCGACUGGGUCAACAGGCUGAAAGAGAAAAACAAGCCAAGGAGGCGAUGCACUGGAUCUGUGCAGAUUUGCGUUCAUGGACGGACGUCUCCCAGCUGGCUGAAUUUGCUCCGUUUGACUUGAUUCUUGACAAGAGCACCAGCGAUGCCAUUGCCACGUCCGCGCCACAGGCCAUCUCAACCGAUGAAGUCAUCUGUCCGACAAUACACGAGAUCAUGAACAAGAACCACGGCGGUCCCGUAAAAUUGUCCCCCGUGGAACUGCUGGCAUUGCAUCUCGUGCCCCUGACGCAACGGGGGAGUACCUGGUUCUGUCUGUCGUACUCGGGCGUCCGCUUUGAUAAUCUGCCUCACCUUGCAGCGUACUGGACGCUCACGGGGCGUGUGCCCGUUCCAGCGCCGGCGGGACAGCUUACCUCUUCGGCGAACACGCCUGAAGUAUUCCAUUGGCUAUAUAUUCUCCAAAGAAACAAUACAGUAUAG